UUUUAAAAAAACAAAAACAUGUUUAUCAAUUCAUAACAACACUAAAAAUUGACUUAGAUGUUCGUUACCCUCUACUCCCUGGAAGCUUAAACGUAGCUUUAUGAUCCAUCUUGAUUCACUAAAGCAUAUCUAAUUGUGUAGACACAGGUGGUGAUGGCCCAGUUGUAAAGGCACAUUGCUUGUUUAACCUCUGCAAUUUGUUUUCAGCUUAUAAAAACUGCACCUGGGUCCACAAAACCAAACCAAACCUUUUGUCUCCUGGAUAAAUGUUCCCAGUUCAUAAGAGAGUAAUACUAAUCAGACAAAGCCACUGAGAUAGAUAUUUAAAGGCCCAGGCAGCCGCUGAAUCCUCACACAUCUUCUUGCUCACAGUUCACAAAGAUGUUCUUCAGAGGAAGCCCCUGGCUUUGGUUGUACAUCAGAACAAGUAUCAUCCUAGGAGGUAUAAACAGCCCAGAGCUACAUGAGAAAAAUCAUUGUUAUCAGCUUAACAGAUUUCACCGAAGCUUUGAGAAAGCAGAAAAUCACUGUCGUGCCCAGGGAGGACGCCUUGCUCAUGUUUGGAACAAGAAAGUCCAAGACCACCUCCGGGACUUUCUGGAAGAGGGAAAGAAGUGGUGGGUUGGGAAAAACUCAAAGCCGGGAAACCGUAUGGAAAACAACCACCCAACAGAUGUUCCAGCCCCUCUGGCUUAUCCCAUUGCCUGCCUCUACCUGUCCAGGACCUUCCAUCAGAUCUCAUUCAAAGAAGACAUGUGCUCACUGGAACAUUACUUCAUUUGCCAGGCCGAUAUCUUUCCGGAUCAAGAUGCCAGUCAUGAAAGAAGUGAAAGUAAUUUCCUUUCACACCAGAGACCCAAGAAGACAAAAAUAGAAGUUGCGAUGUCAAGGAACAACGUGACCUCAGGAGGUGUUCCUCUUUCAACCACAAGACACCGACCUGCUCUUGCUGGACCUAGGUCUUCACGUAAAGCCUCAUCGAAGUUCAUUGGGGAGUUCUUGAAACCUUGGGGCAACCGAGUCCAGCCUCCCCCUGUGACAGCAGAGCGCAACAGGACUGCAGCUGUCACACAUGCUGGAGAAUCUGCAGCAGAAAUAACUUCAAGCCCAAAGGAGGCCUCACAUCAGACUGUCUUCACCACUCAUCUGCAAACGUCCUUUCAGAAUGCAUCCACUCAGGUAAACAUGGAAAAUUGAAGGCACCCCUGGGUAGCCCUGGGACACUGAAAAAGCACAUCUAUUUUUAGCUUC